CCAGCUCUUGCUCUCACUUGGCUCCUCAGUUUUUGUUAAGACAAAGAAACAUUUUAGACAUGGCUCCAGAGAUCCAGAUGCCAGAACCCAUGUGCCUCAUUGAGAACAAUGAGGAACAGCUAGUGGCCAAUCAGGAAGCUCUGAAGAUUCUGUCUGCCAUCACACAGCCGGUGGUAGUGGUGGCCAUCGUGGGCCUUUAUCGUACAGGCAAAUCCUACCUGAUGAACAAGUUGGCUGGGAAGGAGAAAGGCUUUUCUGUUGGAUCCACUGUGCAGUCUCACACCAAGGGGAUCUGGAUGUGGUGUGUGCCUCACCCCCAGAAGCCAGACCACACCCUAGUUCUGCUUGACACUGAGGGCCUGGGAGAUAUUGAGAAGAUGAAUAAAAACACUGAUACUCAGAUCUUCGCACUGGCAGUCCUUCUCAGUAGCACCAUUGUAUACAACACCAUGACCAAAAUUGACCAGGGGGCUAUCGACCUACUGCACAAUGUGACAGAAAUGACAGAUCUUCUCCGGACAAGAAACUCCUCUGACCUUAAUGAAAGUGAAGAAGCGGCUGACGUGAGCUUCUUUCCAGACUUGGUGUGGACUCUGAGAGAUUUCUACCUGAGUCUGGAAACAGAUGGGCAUGCCAUCACAUUAGAUGAGUAUCUGGAGAAUUCGCUGAAGCUGAAGCAAGGUAGUGAUGAAAGAACUGAAAUAUUCAAUCUGCCACGACUAUGCAUACAGAAGUUCUUCCCAGUGAAGAAAUGCUUUGCUUUUGAUUUCCCCACUAAGAGAAAUAAGCUUUCCCAGCUUCAAACACUCAAUAGUGAUGAGCUGAGUCCUGAAUUUGUGCAGGAGUUGUCAGAAUUCUGUUCACAUAUCUUCAUACAUUCGAAGACCAAGUCUCUCCCAGGAGGCAUCCAAGUCAAUGGACCUUGUCUAGAAAGCUUGGUGCUGACCUACGUCGAUGCCAUCAAUAGUGGUGCUCUGCCCUGCAUACAGAAUGCAGUGGUAGCCUUGGCCCGGAGAGAGAACUCUGCUGCAUUGCAGAAGGCUGUCACCCACUAUGACCAGCAGAUGAGCCAGAGGGUGAAGCUGCCCACAGAGACCCUUCAGGAGCUGCUGGACCUGCACAGGACCUGUGGGAACGAAGCCAUGGAAAUCUUCAAGAAGCAUUCUUUCAAGGAUGAGGACCAAGGUUUCCAGAAGGAGUUGGAGACCCUACUAAGUGGAAAGCAGAAUGAGAUUUGUAAGAAGAACGAGGAAGCCUCUGCAGACCACUGCUCAACCCUACUUCAGAGUAUUUUUAAGCCUUUGGAACAAGGAGUGGCACAGGGGAUCUAUGCUAAACCAGGAGGCCACAGUCUUUUCCUUCAGAAGAUGGAACAGCUGAAGGCACAGUAUCGUCAGCAGCCAGGGAAGGGAACACAGGCUGAGGAAGAGCUUCAGAAGUACUUGAAGACCAAAGAACAACUGAGCAAUACAAUUCUACAAACAGACCAGCUUCUCACAGUCAAGGAGAUUGCGAGGAAAGCUGAAGAAGAAAGAGCAGCGGCUGCCAGGGCUGAAGCAAAGAGGUUGGAGACAAUUCGAAUCCAGGAAGAACAAAAGAGAGCAGAGCAGGAGAGACUGCAUCAAGAGAAACUGAGGCAAAUGGAGAUUGACAGAGCAAACUUCCAGGCAGAGCAAGAGAGGAUCAGGGCACAGAGGGUCCAGGAAGAGAUUGAGAGGAUCAAGGCAGAACAAGAAGCUCAACUCAGACAAAUCAAUGAACAGCUUCAAAAAGCAAGAGAAACGGUCUAUCACCCACGACCACAUAAUGAUUGUAUAUUAAUCUAACCACCAAAGGAAGGACUUCCUUUCCUUGCUCAAACGAGCAAGAGACUAAAGGACUCGAGACAGCCCAGUAGUUAUAAAACCCAAUGCCCCUGUCUAACUGUCAUAUUUGUCUUAAGGUAUUUUACGUUGCCUACACAGUGUUAACCUGAUCAAUAUCUUGAACUCACAUGUGUAUCUCUCCUGUUGGUGGACAGAAAGAAAGUCCCAGUGAGAAAUCAGAAACAAUGCAUAUUUCUCGACUCUUUGAGCAAUGUGACUCCUCAGGACUGGAAGUGGGCCAUUUGCAUGUUCUCUUCUUUAGGAGCCCAAUAACAUUAUAGUCAACCUUGUCAUAGGCCCAGCUACCAUGCCAUUGACUUUACAGAUAGAUUUGUUUCUACUGAUUGUUUUCUCUGCCAGCUGCACAUUUUAUCUUCUGUUAUGUUCAUUAAAGAAAUUCUUCUUCACAAUCCAGUGCUUCUGAUACACAGAAUUGCCGUUUGGCUCUGUCCAUUUCAAUAAUUCUUCCUUAAAGUCUACACCUGCCCGUGAAUAUUGCUCACUUUGCACCAGAUUCUUAAAUAGCAAUUAUACUGAUUUUUAAAUCAUUUUAGCAAUUGAAAAAUUAGAAAUUUUAAAUGAUUUCUGAUCAUUCUAAGUCUGUCUUCUAUUCACACAUCUAGUUGGCUAUCUCUAUAACAAAAAAUAUAUAACUGUACUUGUUGUUUUCUGUGUGUCCCACAGUUCUUUUAAUUAUGUGCUGUGCUUUGUUGGUAGCAGAGCUAAGACUUACAGAUUUAUGAUUGGAAUGUGCAUUUCCCUUUUCUGUUAAGAUGCUUCUGACCAUUGGCUUAUUGUACUUAUUCAGAUGUAAAUAGACUUUAGUUUGUUCUAGU